AUGGAUGUUAGGGCGAAACGAGAUGCAGAUGCAGCCUCAGACCACCAACUCAUGGUUGCAAUACUAAAAUUAAAACUAAAAUCCUACAGGGAUCGAGCUGAUAAACCGCACUUUAAAUUCAAUACAACAUUUCUUUGGUGUUCAAAAAUAAAGGAAGACUUUAACUGCGCAGUAAAAAAUAGGUAUGAAGCACUCUCCAGCCUGGCAGAUGAUACAGUAGAGGAAACAGUAGAGCAAAAAUGGCUAGGAAUACAGGAACUAUGGAAGUCAACAUGCACUGACAUAUUGGGGAGAAGAAAAAAUGAACAAAAAGAAUGGAUCACAACAGAGACAUGGGCCAAAAUUGAAGAUAGAAAAGAGAUAAAGCAGAAGAUUAACAAAUGUAAGGAUGAAAAAGAGAAAAUAAACCUCAGAACACAUUAUUGUGAAGUAAAUCGCAUGGUCAGAAAAAGUGCAAAAGAAGACAAAAGACAGUUCACACAGGAGAUGAUAGAGGAGGCAGAAACUGCGGCACGACAAGGAAAAAUAAAGAGGCUCUAUGAAGUAACCAGGACACUAUCAGGUAAGAACAUUAAUCCAAUCAAACCAGUAAAGGAUAAAGUAGGAAAUAUCUUAACAAGUGACACAGAACAGAGAGACAGAUGGGUACAGCACUUUGAUGAUAUUUUAAACCAUCCUCUCUCAUCAAACAUCCCGGAUAUACCACCUGCAAAUCACCUACUAGAUGUGUGUACAGAUCCACCCACAAGGUUAGAAACAAUAAGAGCAAUAAAAAGCAUGAAAAAUGGCAAAGCAGCUGGCCCGGACGGCAUCCCACCAAAGGCACUCGAAGUAGACCCAGCCAUAUCAGCAGACAUACUACAUCCUCUACAGAUUUGGGAAGAAGAGAUAAUCCCAUCUAACUGGAAACUGGGAUACCUGAUAACAUUGCCAAAGAAGGGAAACCUGACACAAUGCAACAACUGGAGAGGGAUAAUGCUUCUUUCAGUUCCAAGUAAGGUGCUGACAAGAAUCAUCCUAGAGAGACUUAGAGAUGCCUUGGAUAAAAAGCUGGGACAAGAACAGGCUGGUUUUCGUCAGGACAGGUCAUGUACUGACCAUAUUGCCACGCUGCGCAUCAUUAUCGAACAGUCCAUUGAGUGGCAAACCCCCUUAUACAUGACCUUUGUCGACUUCGAAAAGGCGUUUGACAAAACUAUACAAAGACUCCACCAGUCAGGUAAUACACAAGGGAAAGCUAACAAAACCAUUCACAAUGACGAUGGGAGUAAGACAGGGAUGUAUGCUAUCGCCAAUGAUAUUCUUGAUGGUAAUCGACUAGAUCAUGCUGAGGGCCACAAAAAACGACACAGGAAUCCAGUGGAGUUUUACAAAAAGGUUGGAGGAUCUUGA